UUGUUACACCCACAGACCUAUUAUUGCUCCCUUUUCUCCUCUCCUCUCCUCUCCUCUUCUCCCAAAUGCUCUCUCUCUCUCUCUCUUUCUCGCGGCGAUCCCACCCUUUACCCAUUGUCCGACAUCGCAUGCAAGCAAGCAAACAAACAAACAAACGAACAGACUGGCUUGUUUGUUGGCCGACACAGAUCGCUUUCACGUCCGCGCAGCCCAUCAACCGAUCGUCCCGAGGGUGGGACGACCUCCCCCCUCCGUCUGGCCGACGCACUAACCAGUCCGCCAUCCCUCUUGCCUCUCGUCCCUCUCUCGUACCACAGACCCCUCGUUUGCCCAGUCAGCCCACUCACCUGGCCCACCUGGUGGGGCUGGGAACAGUUUGUGUGUGUGUCUCUGUCUAUCUGGUAUUUUUGGUUGGCCAGCCGAGGCCUUGACUACAGCCCAACGCCUACUCGAUGGAUAGCGAUACACAAACAGCGCCCCGGCUGUCGGAUGGGCUUUCGGUUAAUUAAGUCGGCUAACGCUGUACCUUCCAUUUGUCUGUGUCUGUCUUUGUGUGUUACUGUUGCGUUGCGCUUCAGUGAUUCGAGUCACUUUCCUGCCUCGUCUGGCUCGGGCUCGAGGUGA